CCCUGAGGACCCCCACGCCCGCGCCCCUUGGCUGCCGGCGCGCUCUCCGCAGGUGGCCGCGCAGGAGCCCCGCCCCCCGCUCGCUUCUUAAGUCGCGGGGCCUCGUCCGCUCGCUCUCGCGAGAUCCGGGCAGCCGAGCGCUCGGGGCCUUUUCAAAUCGCGGUCCGUUACCGCUCCGCCGGCCGCCGCCAUUGUAGCUCUCGGAGCCCUCAGCGCGGCCGAGGCGGAGCCCGCGGCGGGAUGGCCGAUGCCGAUAAGCCCGAGGCGGCCGCGGGUGACGACGGUCCGCAGCAGCAGCCGGCCGAGCCGCGGCGAGACCCGAACCCCGCCGAGUCCGAGAAGCCGCCGCGCAGCAGCGCCAACGGCGUUAAAAUGGAGAAUGAUGAAUCAGUGAAAGAAGAAAAGUCUGAUUUAAAAGAAAAGUCGACGGGAAAUUAGAAGGCCAAUCGAUUUCAUCCCUAUUCAAAAGAUAAGAAUUCUGGUACUGGAGAAAAGAAAGGUCCAAAUCGGAACCGAGUGUUUAUUAGCAACAUCCCCUAUGACAUGAAAUGGCAGGCUAUUAAAGACCUGAUGAGAGAAAAAGUUGGUGAGGUUACAUACGUGGAGCUCUUUAAGGAUGCGGAAGGAAAAUCAAGGGGUUGUGGUGUGGUUGAAUUCAAAGAUGAAGAAUUUGUAAAGAAAGCACUAGAAACUAUGAACAAAUAUGACCUUAGUGGAAGACCUCUGAAUAUUAAAGAGGAUCCCGAUGGAGAAAAUGCUCGCCGGGCACUGCAACGAACAGGAACAUCAUUUCAAGGAUCACAUACCUCUGAUGUGGGGUCUGGGUUGGUGAAUUUGCCACCUUCCAUUCUCAAUAAUCCGAACAUUCCUCCUGAGGUUAUCAGCAAUUUGCAGGCUGGUAGACUUGGUUCCACAAUUUUUGUUGCUAAUCUUGACUUCAAAGUUGGUUGGAAGAAGCUAAAAGAAGUGUUCAGCAUAGCUGGAACUGUAAAGCGGGCAGAUAUUAAAGAAGACAAGGAUGGCAAGAGCAGAGGCAUGGGCACUGUCACUUUUGAGCAAGCAAUUGAAGCAGUUCAAGCAAUUUCCAUGUUCAAUGGGCAGUUUUUAUUUGAUAGACCUAUGCAUGUGAAAAUGGAUGACAAAUCUGUCCCUCACGAAGACUACCGUUCACAUGAUAGUAAGACAUCACAGUUGCCACGCGGUCUUGGAGGCAUUGGAAUGGGACUUGGUCCAGGUGGACAACCUAUUAGUGCCAGCCAGUUGAACAUAAGUGGUGUCAUGGGAAAUUUGGGUCCAAGUGGUAUGGGAAUGGAUGGUCCAGGUUUUGGAGGAAUGAAUAGAAUUGGAGGAGGAGUUGGGUUUGGUGGUCUGGAAGCAAUGAAUAGCAUGGCAGGAUUUGGUGGAGUUGGCCGAAUGGGAGAGCUAUACCGUGGUGCAAUGACUAGUAGCAUGGAGCGAGAUUUCGGACGUGGUGAUAUUGGAAUAAAUCGAGGCUUUGGCGAUUCCUUUGGUAGACUUGGCAGUGCAAUGAUUGGAGGGUUUGCAGGAAGAAUAGGAGCUUCUAACAUGGGUCCAGUAGGAACUGGAAUAAGUGGCAGUAUGGGCGGCAUGAGCAGUGUGACUGGAGGCAUGGGGAUGGGGCUGGACCGCAUGAGCUCCAGCUUUGACAGGAUGGGGCCGGGAAUUGGAGCAAUACUGGAAAGGAGCAUCGACGUAGAUCGAGGUUUUUUAUCGGGUCCCAUGGGAAGCGGAAUGAGAGACAGAUUAGCCUCCAAAGGCAACCAGAUAUUUGUUAGAAAUCUGCCUUUUGACUUGACUUGGCAGAAACUAAAAGAGAAAUUCAGCCAGUGUGGUCAUGUAAUGUUUGCAGAAAUAAAGAUGGAGAAUGGCAAGUCAAAAGGCUGUGGGACAGUUAGGUUUGAAUCCCCAGAAUCAGCAGAAAAGGCGUGCAGAAUAAUGAACGGCAUCAAAAUCAGUGGCAGGGAAAUCGAUGUUCGCUUGGAUCGUAACGCGUAAUUUCAAGCAUGGUUGGAACAUUCCUUCAUCUGUUUAUUGAAUCUCCUAGUAAAAGUCAUUUUUUAGUAAUGUUGUAUGCUUACAAAUGCUGUAAAAAUGAACUUUUAAAACUCCCACCAGCUUUUAACAGUAUAAUGUUGAAAAAUAUACUGUGAUUUUCGUUAUCUCAAGUUUGCGUUUCUAAAGUCGGCAAGUCUGGUCAUUCAGUUUCAAUGGAUGGACACACCAUUUUUAAUCAAAUAAGCCAUUUAAUUGUUCCCAGUAGUAGGGUUUGUUUGUUCUAAUUUUCCCAGUCUUAUUGUAAGUUAUCAGGAUACCCUCACCCCCACCCCCAGUCUCUGCUCUAUAUCUAGUUGUUAAUGAAAAGAAAGGGCUCAGACAAAUUAGGAUGUGGUUUUGGUUUGGUGUGAAUCACUUUUCUCUGCCUAUAAAGAAUAGUAGUUAAAAGUUACACUAUAAAGUCAAGGGUGUUUUUUAUUUGACCUAAAUGAAGACAUGGGGUUUUUGUUUUUUUGUUUUUUGUUUUUUUUUGCCCCUCUACCAGUUCCACCUUUCCCACAUAACACUAUUAAAAAUAUCAAACUCCACAGCCCCUGAUUCUGUUACUUCCAAUAAUUCCAAGUUCAUUUAGAACUGAUAAGGUAGCAAGUCCUAAGUAUAGCAUUAGGCAGACCACCCCCAACUUUCGGUCUAGUUUCCAGCCAUUAAAAUGAACUGCUAAGAACAAAAAAAUAAUUGAAAUGUUGAGAGAGAUGGUUACAUAAGUGAGUCCCUUGCUAUUCACUUCUACAGGAGCAGAUGCAUUUGUAAAUGCAGUCUUAAUAAACCAGGGAAGACCUAGGCAUAGCAUAUCAAACACAUUGGAUCCCACGAUGUUAGAUAUAGCCAUGUCUCCUUUACCUGCAAAAGAACAGCAUGUUGUUAAAAUGUGCACCCCGGUACUAUAUUUUAUUAAUAAUCUUCAUAAGAAAAACACUGGAUACUUUUUGUUGGUUAGUUUUAGAAAACUGUUAUUGUUAGAGCAAGACUCUUCCUGAAUUUGUAUUUCCUUGAGUUAGUAUUUAAAGUCUUAACAUUUAUUUAAUAAUUACCUUUAUUUAUUAAACCAUUUUUAAUAAGGUAUGCAGCUUAUUUGUUGCUUUUCAUUCUCAUUUGACAGUGAAUUACCAUCUAAUGCACAUUUUAGGUAAGCAGUCUUUGGGGGACUGGGUCGGUAGAAUUAACCUGCUAUUAAAAACUAAAUGCUUCCCGUGAGUCACUUCUUUUUUCUUCAAAGUAUGCUACUGAGGAAGUGUUAUUUACUUUCACUUGCCUUAUGGUAAUCAAACUUAAAGGCCCAGCCAGUGCAUCUGGGAGUCCUCCAGUCUUACCUUUUCUUGCAACUAACACACUUGCGACUGUGUCUGGUAUGCUUGUACCUGCUGCCAAUAAAGUAAGGCCCAUUACUGUGUCUGGGAUUCCUAGUAUUUCCCCUGUAAUAGGCAGAGAGACUACAGGUUACAAAUCAUAAAUCUUAUAUGAACCAGUUUUUGAAGACAGCUUGAAUGCUUCCCUAUUCAGGAAAAAUAUUUAGGUAUGUUUAGAUUUUUGACCCAAUAUAUGUUUGUGUGGCUUCUAAAUGGCAAAGUAUUGAAACAGGUUGAUAGUUUGGGUAACCAGAGCAGCACACAUUUUUAAUGACAGAUAUCAGAAGAUACCAAGCAACCAAAAUUCUUCCAAUGAGAAAUCCUCAUAUUUGGUAUCUGGGGGAAGCUAUGGGUGUCACUGUUUCUUGCUGUGUAGUGAAACUGACCUUUUACUUAUUUUCUCUUUGCUUGAAGUUUCUUAAAGUAGUUGAGAGUUAAGUAUCUUACCACACUUUUUAUCCAUUAUUAGAUUGAAGUGAAGACUUUGAAAGUGCUACUUCGUUUACUGGGGUUUUUUGUUUGUUUUGUUUCAGGGAUCUCUGAGGUAGACAGGGACCUCCUUUCCUGCCUGAGUCUUAACAUAUCCCCAAUUUCUUAAUACUUGUGUGAAAUUGAUAACAGUUCAUUCUGAGAAAUAAAACCAGAGGGCAUAUUUAAAGGGUGGGGACAGGUAACUUUUCUCUUAAUAUUGUAAUUGAAAACAUGGUUUAGAGUAAGUAGAGUGUUGUUUUUCAUUUUAGUUACUCAUCUGUGAUCUUAUAUUUGAUUCUCCUCUCUUCCUAUUGUCAAAUAUUCUUGGGUACAGUGAAUAUGCAAGUUUCCUGGACAUUCUUAUCAUUUCACAAAAAGAAAACUAUUCUGUUUUUGUUUGUUGGUAUACAGUUAUAAUAAAGUUAUCCAGGAGAAGUCAGGGUCAGACAGUUUGGAGAAGGGGCCAGGUAGUAAUUAUUUCACCUUUGCAGGCUUUGUGGUUUCUGUUGUAAUUCUUUAGUCCCACUAGUAUAAAAACAGCAGUCUAUACAUAUAAGUAGAUGACUGGGUUCAACUGUGCUCAGUGAGUUUCAGUGCUACAAACAGAUUGGGUAACUUAGGCAUGGCAGGAUUGUUCAUUUCUAAUGUAACUUAGUUCAGGUUAAUCUUUUUGAGAGAAAGACCCUCAUUUUCUUUUCUAUUUAUAAUCAGUAUUUCAUGGGGGGGGGGCAGAACAUAUGGCUAAGCAUUAAAACUUAUUUGCAUAGAUACUAGAAACCUUAAACAAGACUUAGUCACUUAGUCAUCUGCAUUGUAUUGCCAUUGCCAUAUUGUAAAACAAAAGAAAACACCAUCUAGUUAAACAGCAAGCACCUACCUCUUACCCCAAACCCAGACAGUUUCUUUCUCUGUUUUCCACCGUGAAUCUAGAAUUCAGUAUGAAGAGUUCUUAUAAACCCUGUGUAAUUAUAAAGAUAGCCCAUGAAUUAUACUCUAGACUGUGUAAUAAUGGGAAAUGCCCUUGGUAUUCAGGCUCACAAAGCCUGAAUGAACUUGUUGGGUUGAGAUAUUAACCUUUUUAUCUUUUGUAAAACAACACCAGGUUUUAGUCUUGCUGAAAAGUUGUGUGCUCCCUAGACUACUUUAAAUGAAUAUUUGCAGUUUCUUCUUACAUGAAAUAAUUUUCUUGUUGUGCUGUUAUACUUAAAAUACUUACCUGUUACUGUGACCAUCCAAACCAGGAUGUAUGUGAAUGCAGAUAUCCAUAGUGCAGACAUGAAAAAGGUUAUCACAAAGUAAUUUUUCCAAAACUUUCUUCUGCAAUCUGGUGUUGUCAGAAAAAGUAAUGUAAUAAUAGGAAGAGAGAGUACCCAAAAAAUUCUUUUCAAGUCUGCUUCAGGCAUGCUGAAAACACUUGGUGGAUCUAUUGUGGAAAAAAAAAAUUAAACAAUUUUGAGUUUUCUCAAUGAACGGUUAUGUGAGAAAGGCCCAUUUAGAGGCUGUGUUGAAAUAAUUUCACUGUAUACGUUUUUUAAAGACUGUCUACAACAGUGGUUCUCAACCUGUGGAGAACCUUUGGAGGAUGAAUGACCUUUCAUAGGGUUUGCCUAGGACCAUUGGAAAGCACAGUUAUUUAUGUUAUGAUUCAUAAUAGUAGCAAAGUUACCGCUAUGAAGUAGCAAUAAAAUGUUUAGGGGUCACCACAACAGGGAGGAACUGUAUUAAGGGGUUGCAACAUUAGGAAGGUUAGAACCACGGAUCCUAGAACGUUUGAAUACUUCAUUACUGUUAUUGCUGGUCAAAAGAAGCUUAACUGAAACUACGCAGACAACAUUAGCUGUGAUGUUCAACUUCCUCUUCACUGAAGGCUUGACUUAUGUCUUGAACUGUUUGCUGAAUGUUCUGUGACAUUGUUUAUAGACUAAGAGUUAAGACUCUUGCUUCACGGCUAUGUGCAUCGUUAGGAUUAACCUGCCCCCAGCUGUUUCACCCCCCUUUUCCAAAAUUGAUGGGGCUUAUGGUUUUUUGUAUAUUAAUACAUGCUUAGGGAAUGUUCCC